UAGAAUGCUGUCAACGGUUAACCUACAACUGCUGGUCUGAUGAAUAUCCCAGAUUAAAAUACAGGGCCUAUUUUGUAUAUGAAACGUGUAAACGGUUACUACCGUGGCAGUGACCGAUAUUACCCCACCGGGCAGUGACAGUUAGCUUCUUAAACCCACAUGAGCGCAGCUAGCAUGUGCGCAGCUGAUUGACGUUAGUUGGAAUCGCCGUGAUGUUCAUUCGCUCCUCUCUGCUGUGUUCACCGGCUCGUCUCCUCUCCACCCCUCGUUCGGGGUUUCGGGAGCUCGCCGCAUGCAAGCGGAUAACGUGUCUCCGCCUGUCCGCGCAGCGCCGCCGCACCUCGGACACUUCAAACUCCUCCAUUGAUCAUCCGAGCUCUGGACUUGAAAAGUACAAAGAUUUGCAGAAGUACUUCAACCGGAGACUGAAGGCAGCGUACCGCAGGUUCUCCCACGCACCCGAUCACUCAUCCGUCCGUGGACAUCACCAUGAGUAUUCCAUCCGGAGCGAUGGCAUCUACAGGAUGGACCAAAGACAGAGUCAGCCGGUGCCGGAGCAAGUGCUUAGUUUCAGGCAAGUCUCUGGACAGGAGGAGAAGACGGUACUCGACAAUGGAGAGAGGAUUCAGUGGACUGUCCAGAGAAUACGUCUGUCCCCGCUGGAAAAACAUCUUGCUGCAACACUAAAAGCUACUCACAAAGAAAAGCUUAGGUGUGUGGUUGUGAGACUUGGAAAGGGAAAUUCUCCACCUCUGGAUCCCCCGCACGUCGUACUCACACUGGAUGAAGUCUUGAGCUUUGAGUGGGCCACAGAUGAGGUCCUGUUCUACACGACUCUGGAGGGUCUGCGCUGCAGCAGGGUCUCUCGGCUGGACCUGACCGCCAGUGGAAGCAGGAGCACUUCUGUGUAUGAGGAAUCGCAUCCUGAUGUGUUUGUGGAGGUUUCCCUGUCAAGAGACAGACGGAUGCUCAGCAUCAACUGCAGCAGCAGGACCAGUUCAGAGGUGCUGCUAGUCGACACAACGACGUCACAUUUAGAGCCUUUCCUGGUUCAGCGUCGCCAGCUGGACCUCCUGUACCACGUGGAGCACUGGAGGAAGGGUCUGAUUAUACUGACUAAUACAGGGCCUGGACAAGAAUAUCAGGUGGUACAGGCUCCCCCCUCGGAGCCCCACAUGGUCUCUUGGGAGCCUUUGUUCGCCCCUGACCCUGGCACUGCCAUCAAAGACAUGGAUGUGGUCGGCGACCACUGUGUGUUAGUUGCCAGAACACCAGCCGGUGAACUCAUCCUGGUCGUGGUCCCGCUGACCCGUCACAAGGAGGCGUACACUGUACAGCUCCCCUCCUGGGCCUGUGCCAUCCACACCAAGAAACCAGGUGUGGCCGACCAACGCAGUGUGUUCGAGUUCUUCAUUUCAUCUCCUGUCCACCUGCCCGUGUCCUACUGUCUGUACCCUGAGGACGGGCUACUUUCAUCAGGCAGCGGAGAUGGGACCUCCCUGGAGACCCAGGGCAAUUAUACCCCCACACACUUAGAGGCCUGCCACCAAGAUGGGACCAUGGUGCCGAUCACACUGUUUCAUUCAAAACCUGUGGAGCGUUUGCGUCAGGCGCCACUCCUGGUCCAUGUCUACGGAGCUUAUGGCAGAGAUCUCAACAUGGAGUUCAGCCCAGAGAAAAGGCUGCUGCUGGAGCAGGGCUGGACUCUGGCCUACUGCCACAUUAGGGGUGGAAGCGAGCGCGGCCUGUUCUGGCAACGGCAAGCUCGCGUAGAGGGGAAGCAGCGAGGCGUGGAGGACCUCCGGGCCUGUCUCCAUCACCUCUUCUCUUCGGGAGUCUCAUCUCCUUCACUCACUGCGCUCGCAGCCUGCAGUGCUGGUGCCGUGCCAGUGGGGGCGCUGUGCAACAGACACCCACACAUGAUGCGGGCUGUCGCGCUGCAGGCUCCUUUCCUGGAUGUGUUGGGAGCGAUGGAGGAUCCCAGCCUGCCUCUAACUUUGGAGGAUAGGGAAGAAUGGGGCGACCCAGUAGCAAACGCACAACAUCGACUUACCAUCUCGUCAUACUGUCCCCUUCAGAACAUUACCCCUCAGUGCUACCCGUCGAUUCUUCUGACGGCAUACAGCGAUGAUCCCAGGGUUCCUCUGGCAGGCGUCCUCCGGUACACUGAGCUGUUAAAAAAGGCGCUUCGCACACACUUCACCAUGAACCCAGAGUCCGAAAGUGAACCGGCACCAAACGUAGUUCUGAAUGUUCAACCUGGAGCAAAUCACCACGGGCCGGAGGACUUUGAGUUGAUGCUGGAGGAGGAAGCCCUCACACUAGCAUUCCUCCACGCAGAGCUCGGCCUGGAUCCUCCGCGGGCUCCUCGCAGGAGGAAGAGGCAGCACAGCUAACAAUCUAACAAGAACGACCUAAACAUCUACCAAUAUGACAACCAAUAUGAAUGUUUAAUGACAUUGACAGUGAAUGGAUGUGCAGUGGUUCUCUUUAUUAUACCACGUCAACCUCAUAACGAGGAGGCGUGAAAAAAGAAUCUUGAUCAUUCGAUUGCGGCUGUUAACUUUGAAUAAAGUGAGUGACGUUCA